AUGGCGCUGGCCCCCUGCACCGGCUGCACAGGGCUAGACCGGCCAGAUGCACCCAUGGAUAGGGGCGAGGACGAGGACGAGGACGAGGACGUCUCGGACGUUGCGACGAAGCUGAUCAUGGAGGACCCCAGCUACCACCGGGAUCUACUUCGGGAUCUGCUCAGCGUGAUGCGCCUGGUGGACGACGCACACGUGCAGACGCUGCUGGGGAUGAUCCGCGCCGACUGCUCGCUGGAGGAAAUCCGGCUGUUCGUCGACAAGACCUUGAAGGACCUGCAGGCGGCGGGCAGGGAUGGCGAGACGAUCCAGACGCUGGAGGAUAUGCAGCAGCGGGUGCGCAUCGAGAGCGGCGAGCCGGCGUUCCGGCCCCAGGUCAUGGAUAUCCAUUACCUGUGCGACGGGGCGCCGUACAAGGUGCCUGCGAAACCGUGGACGAGGGUGACGGAGGACGAUGCGCUGGUGUCGCAUCUGAUCUCGCUGUAUUUCACCUGGGAUUAUCCGUUCUACGCGUUUGUCGACCUGCAGGGGUUUGUCCAGCACAUGCGGGAUGGGAAUGUCAGCUCCGACCUGUGCAGUCCUUUUUUGGUCAAUGCAAUGCUGGCCAAUGCAUGUCAUUAUUCACAAUACUCCGAGGCAUAUGCGAUACCAGGCGAUGUGACCACCAAGGGGAGUGAUUUCCUCGCCGAAGCCGAACGACACAUGCAUAGCUACCAGCUCGAACGAGGGAAGAAUGUGCGUCUGGCUUCUCUGCAGGCGACACUGCUCCUGUAUGAAAGGUAUUCCAUGUCCGGCGACGACGACCUGGGGUAUACCAUGUUGCACCGCGCCAUCGAAAUGGCCGAGUCCCUGGGAAUCAUCAACGGCCCGGACCUCGACCUGGACAAGCUGCAGAUGUCCGAGGAGAUGCGAUCCUCGAUCCAACGAACCGCCUGGGGGCUGUUCCAGGUCGACACGGUCGUGCAUACAAACUUCCGAAAACCGAGCAAAAUCCGUCGAGUGUGCGUCAAGCGAAUCAACCGCAACGAAAGCGAUUCCAGCGAGCAAUGGAUGCCCUACCCGACAGGCAAAAAGACUCGUCCGUCGUUCCUGAGCCAAUACUUCGACGAGGCCUGCCGCCUGUCCUUCAUCGCAAGGGAUGUCUCCCACCAUCUCUACCAAGACCCCAAACCAGACGUCAACCAGCACGAGCGCAAGCAAGAGUACUACAACCAGCUCCGGGAAUGGGAAGCGCAGCUCCCGGACUACUUCGACCCAGCCACUAACCCCCCGGCCCACAUCCUCCUCCUCAGCCUGUCGCGCGACGGGUUCGGCAUCCACCGGUUCUUCUCCGAGGAAGCCGGCCACACGCAGACCGUCACGUCGCCCACGCGCCGUCUCCGCGCCCAAGCAACCGAGCAGAGUCUCGCCUCGGCGCGCGCCAUCGCCGCCCUGGUGCGGGUCCACCGCGCGGAGUACGGCAUCGGCCGCACGCACCCGUUCACCACGUACGCGAUCAUGGUGGCGCUGUUCACGAUGCUCGACCACGAGUCGUUCGACAUCCUCGACGGCGACUUUCUGGCCCUGACGAGCGCGUUCUCGGUCAUCGCGUGCCGGUCGCAGGUGGGCAGGAACCUGUUCCAUAUCUUCCGGCAGUCGGUGCGGGCGCAGGACCAGGAGGCGCGGGUGCUGGAGUCGGAGGCGGCGCCCGAGGAGAUCAAGGAGCUGUUUGGGCGGUAUCCGCGCUCGCAGAAGCCGGAUAAGUGGGAUGACUAUGUGGAUGGGCUGGAUAAGUUAGGGGAGGGCGAGGGGAGGGAUGCGCAGGCGGUGGAUGGCAUGCGCAACUAUGCUGCGGCGGGGGUGCACGAUAUGCUGCGGAAGUAUGAGAGUUUGAGUCUGGGGCAGGAUAGGACGUAG